AUGAUUAUGCGCAGCGGCUGCCUGGAGGCGAUGGGCAGAAUUCAACAAGAGGAAGCUGUCUGGGUGCCACCAUUGGACAUUGAUGAUGUGGCAGCUGAGUCUCAUGAGGAAUCUGCAUUGCAUCCCGGCAAAUGGAGCUUCAGUGCCUGUGAAGAUGAGCCGGAUGAGAAAGAGGGCCGACGGCGCAGCAAGCGGCAGAGGCAGCCCUGGCGGCAGGUGCUGCCAGGCGAGAUCCAGGCAGAGCAGCUCAUGUAUGCGCACUUGCGCGAUGCACCACGCCGGCCGCGGCGCAAGCGCGCCUCGCUGCAGGAGCUGGCCGGUGGAAACGCUGAGGAGGAAGGAUAUGAUGUUCCUGUUGAGACUGACAGCGGCCUCCCCCUCACCAUGCACCGACCGUCCCAAGGCCGCCUGAAGACGGACUGGAACGCGUUUUUCUGCGGCUGCUGUGGGGACGGCGGGGAGCUGCUGGAGUGUGACGGCAUGUGCCUGCGCAGCUUCCAUCAGAACUGCCUGGCUCCCAGCGAACGCCCCAACCCAGAAAACCCCCCUGAGACCCCCUGUAUCCUGCCCUGCAAGAUGGGCAGCUGCGGCUGGUACUUCCACAACGCCUGCCUGAAUGGCCUGCGUGACUCGGGCCUCCUGAAGAUUCACAGGGAGGAUCCUGGGGUGGCAGCAGGAGGAGAGGACGGGCAGCGGGUCUUCACCUGCCCGGCGCAUUUCUGCCAUGUGUGUGGCAAUUCUGGGGCCGGACGGCACACGCUGCAAUGCUGGCGCUGCCCUACUGCUUACCAUGCCACGUGCGUGCCUGCUGGCGUGCAGAAGCUGAACCCCAAGAACGUGCUGUGCGAGAACUGCAUCCAGGUGCCUGAUGCCUGCUGCGGCACAGUAGCUGCGCGCACAGUGACACCUGUUCGCACGCCCCCCAAGCAGCGUGAACUCCGGCCCUUCAACAGAGCCGCUGCCGCCUCUGACAGGCAGUGGAACCAACUAGACUUGCGCGAGGAGGGAGGCAGCGCCGUCCGCAGCAUGGGCGCCAGCCAGAGCCGCAACGAGGGCACCAGCAGCAAUGGCGGCAACUUGCCACAGACGCCGCCGCAGCCGCAACGCCGAAUGCAGCUGCAGCCGCGGACUGCGACACAGGCCACCGCUGCAGGCCGGCAGAGCGCAACGGGGCCGCUGGAGAGGGCUGCACACGAGGCCAAGAUGAUGAAGGAUGCUGCGGCGGAAGAAGCCCUGGGCUGCAUCGGCCGCAUCGUUCCCCUGGAGGGUAAAGCACAGUCGAAGGAUCUGGUGGGAAAGACGGUGUUCACAUUUGGCGCUCGGACGGGCGACGGCGGAUUCUGCGUCCCCUGUGGCUGCAUCAAGUUUCACUCGCAGCUUGUGGUGCACCCGAGCGGCCGCAUCACCGUCGGCUUCUGCAACGAACUGGCGAGGGAGAGGUACCCAGUCACAAUCAUCCAUGCGGAAGGGGAUCCCACCACACUCACAGACAUGCAGCCGGUGCCUCUGCGCCACCAGGAUGUGCUGAGCAUAGCAGAUGCCAACUUCGAGCGCGUGGGCAUUGUCGAGGCACUUGCUGGCAGGAAUGCCCUUGCCUUGCCCUGA